UAAUCUCAUCCGAUAAAUUAGCGUGUUUAAAUAUGGCGUGCACAACAAUGACUUAACCUCUUGCAGGAAAAUGAUAUGUUAUAUGAUUGAUGAAUAAAGAAAAUUAAAUAAUUCGAAAGACAAGUGCAAAAAUAUAAAAAAAAAAUAAUAAUAAAUUUGAGAAUUACGUAUCUCUCAUAACACUUAUUAUAAUGGUAUUUUUGACACAGAUUUUAGGUUGUGUCAAAAAGCUACCCAGAAAAUAUCUACGCUCAACAUUCAUCGACACACUACAUCUUCAUGUCAGGGGAGGCACAGGAGGAGCUGGCUUACCUCACUAUGGUGGAAUCGGAGGAGCAGGAGGUAACGUGUACGUGAUUGCAAAAGAUGGACUUACCCUGGAGAACGUUGUCAAAACCUUGAAGAGCAAACGGAUCAAAGCGGAUUUGGGAAGUGACAGUAAGGCCAAAGGAAUUAUAGGUGCACCUGGUCAAGACAAAGUUAUUUCAGUCCCACGUGGCAUUACGAUAUAUAAUCAGAAUGGAGUAUUGCUAGGAGAGUUAAACAAAGAAGACACAAAACUAUUGGUAGCAAAAGGUGGAAUGGGUGGGUCUGAGGAGACAGGUUACUGCGGAUUAAAGGGAGAAUCUCAGAUGAUAAAACUGGAUUUGAAACUAAUCGCUGAUGUUGGACUGGUCGGCUUUCCCAAUGCCGGCAAGAGCACAUUCUUGGCAGCGGUUUCAAAAGCUAAACCUAAAAUUGCUAAUUAUCCCUUUACUACUAUAAGGCCCAGAUUGGGGAUCAUGAAGUAUGAAGAUGAGAGGACAAUCACUGUUGCGGACUUACCAGGUCUGAUCGAGGGUGCGCAUAUGAAUAUCGGAAUGGGUCACAAAUUCUUGAAGCAUAUCGAAAGAACAAAGCUGCUCCUGUUCAUCGUAGACAUACAAGGUUUUCAAUUGUCGCCUAAAUAUAAACGUAGAUCCUGUUUGGAAACUGUGGUCUUACUAAACAAAGAGAUUGAACUUUACAAACCAGACCUAUUAAAAAUGCCAACCAUGAUUAUAAUCAAUAAAAUGGACACUGACAAUGCUGAUAGUAUCCUCAAAGAAGUUAAGCCGGCAAUGUAUAAUUUAUCUAACUAUGUGGCUACAUGUCCAGAGGAAAUGCGGCCCGAGCAAACUAUACAUAUCGACGAUAUUUUAUCCGUGUCUUUAAUUUCGAAAAAUAAAAAGCAGAUAGAAGAAAUUAAAGAGAGGAUACGAAAUAUCUUAGAUAAAUAUGAACAACGGAAAAACAUCGCUCAGCAUGGUGAUUCCUUGGACUCUCAACUGAUACAUAGGAUAAAGCGGCAAAGCGAACAACAUACAUCGACUGUUGUAUAGAUUUGUAUAACAUAAGAAAAUAAAUGUUUUGUAAAUUAAUUAAACUGACUCUAUUGUUAAUAAUGACUCAUCAAAAGUGCGCCAUGAUCUCGAUUGUUAAUUGAUUGAAAAUACAGAGGUUCAAA